AUGCCCCUCUUCAUCCUCGCCAUGACCGCCUGCCUCUUCGCCUUCUUCAACUACCAAAAGCAAGAAUCCUCCGUCGUAACCGCAACCCUCUACGCUUUACGCACAAACCCGCUCGUGCGCGAGCAGCUCGGCGACGAAAUCUACUUUGCGAGUAAAUACCCGUGGAUCAAGGGCGAGAUCAACCAGUUGCAUGGGCGCAUCGAGAUCAGCUUUUGGGUUAAAGGGACGAAGAGGGCGGGUGAGGUUAGGUUGACGUGUAGGAGGAGGGGCAGGGGUGGGCUGUAUUAUACCAAGGAGUAUAGUUUGACGUUGGAGGAUGGGACGAGGUUGGAGCUUUAUGAUCCACAGGGGAAUGCUAUCGAUCCGUUUCAGGCGAUUGCUGUGGAGGAGUAG